AUGCAACAGCUCUCCUCGCGAUCAGCGGAACGAGAGACCCCAGCCACGGGUGAUAGGGGUUAUAAUUCCGAAAAGCCGUCUCCCCGGACCUGGCCUCUCUCUGACACGUGGUCCGGAGCGUCGACACCUCGACGACACGAUCACCAGCACUCACCUCUUGCUUCCUGCGUCCCUCCUCGCAUCGACGACCUCGGCCGUCAACAAGCGACUGCAGUCGACAGAUUCCCUUCGACCUUUUCCUUCUCCCGACGCCGCCGCCGACUCGCGCCCAACAUGGACCCAUCGGCGACGUGCUACACCGUCAUCCACGAUGACCUGAUCGACGCUCCGUCAUCGCAGGACCUCCGCAAUGCCCUCCAGAAGGGCUCUGAUGAGGUCAAGCUGGAGACCAUGCGUCGUAUCAUCGUCGGCACUCUGAACGGUCAGAGCCACCUGAAGCAGGAGAUGAUCCUCGUCUGUAACGCCAUCCGAAAUGACCUACAGCACCCCAACGAGUACAUUCGCGGCGCGACGCUCCGUUUCCUGCAGAAGGUUCGCGAGGCUGAGCUGCUCGAGCCCCUUGUUCCGACUGUUCGCCAAUGCCUGGAGCACCGACACUCCUUCGUUCGCAAGAACGCCGUCAUGUCCGUUUGGACCAUUUACCAGGACCACGAGCACCUGAUUCCCGAUGCUCCCGAGCUUCUUGACACCUUCCUCGCUGCCGAGUCCGACUCGACGUGCAAGCGCAAUGCUUUCACCGCCCUCUGCCACAUUUCCCAGCCGACUGCUGUUCGUUACCUCCUCAGCCAGGCGGACCAGGUCUCCGGCAUGGACGAGAUCAUGCAGAUGGCCGUUAUCGAGCUCAUCCGCAAAGACGCCCGCGGAGAGGGCGGCCACAAGGCGAAGUGGAUCCGUCUCAUCUUCGAGCUUCUCAACUCUCCGUCGCAUGCUGUCAAGUACGAGGCGGCCACGACCCUUACGUCGCUUACCCAGAACCCGGCUGCCAUUAAGGCUGCCGGUGCCGCGUUCGCUGAGCUCAUUGUGAAGGAGGCCGACAACAACGUUAAGCUUAUCGUUCUUGACCGCUUCGACGCCCUUCGCUCCAAGCACGAGCACGUUCUCGAUGGCAUGGUCAUGGACAUCCUCAAGGUCCUCAACAGCCCCGACAUGGAGGUCAAGCGCAAGGCUGUUGGUAUCGCGCUCCAGAUGGUGACCAGCCACAACGUCGAAGACGUUGUCCUGUUCCUGAAGAAGCAGCUGCAGUCUACCCUCGACCAGGACUUUGACAAGAACGUCGAGUACCGACAACUCCUUAUCCAGAGCAUCCACUCCUGCGCCAUCAAGUUCUCUGAGGUCGCUGCCAACGUCGUUUACGUUCUUAUGGACUUCCUCGGAGACUCGAACAACCCUUCCGCCGUCGACGUUAUCUCCUUCGUCCGCGAGGUCGUCGAGAAGUUCCCCGACCUCCGUCCGACCAUCACCGAGAAGCUUGUCCAGACCUUCAGCGAGAUCAAGUCCGGCAAGGUCUUCCGCGGCGCCAUGUGGAUUGUCGGAGAGUACUGCACUGGCGCUGCCGACAUCAAGCGCGCUAUCUUUGAGCUCCGCAAGGUUAUCGGAGAGGUCCCCAUUCUUGCUUCGGAGCAGCGAUUGCUCGAUGAAGCCGAGGCUGCAGACGAGGCCGCCCAAGCCGAGAAAGAGCCGGAGCAGCCGCAGGCCGUCACGAAGACUCGCGUCCUCGCCGACGGUACCUACGCAACCGAGACCGUUUACACCUCGACCGCCGCCACCGCCCGUUUGGAGCAAGUCCGCGCGGCUGCAAAGCCCCCUCUGCGUGCUCUCAUCCUCGGAGGCGACUACUUCACCGCCACCGUCCUCGCCUCCACGCUCACCAAGCUGGUGCUUCGCUUCCAGGAGCUGCAUUCCGACGCCCAGGCGUUCAACCAGCUGCGUGCCGAGGCAAUCCUCAUCAUGACCUCGAUCAUCCGCGUCGGCCAGUCCAAGUUCGUCUCGGUUCCCAUCGACGAGGACUCGCAGGAGCGUAUCAUGAACUGCAUUGAGUCUCUUGCUCAGCUGCAGGACUCGAAGCCGGUGCACGAGAUGUUCCUGAAGGACACUCAGGCUGCCUACGCCAAGAUGCUCGCUGCUGAGGAGAAGAAGGCUAAGGCGAAGAAGGACCUCGAGAACAAGAAGUCGCAGGUGCAGGCGGACGACCUCAUCCAGUUCAGUCUUCUGCAGACAAAGAACCUGGACGGCGAUGAUGACGACCUUGACGUUGAUGUCGUCCGGGCAACGGGUGCGACCGAGGUCAAGGACGACUUUGUCUCCAAGCUGGCGCGGAUAGUCCAGCUUACUGGUUUCUCGGACCCCGUCUACGCUGAGGCUGUUGUCAACAUUCAGCAGUUCGACAUCAUGCUCGACGUUCUCAUUGUCAACCAGACCAACGAGACCCUCCAGAAUCUCACCAUCGAGUUUGCCACCCUGGGAGACCUCAAGCUUGUUGAGCGACCAGCGCCCCACACUCUUGGCCCCCACGGCUUCCACAACAUCAAGGCUACCAUCAAGGUGUCCUCAACCGAGACUGGUGUCAUCUUCGGCAACAUUGUGUACGACAAGCAGGGCGCCUCUGACGCGAGUGUCAACAUUGUCCUCAACGAUGUCCACGUCGACAUCAUGGAUUACAUCAAGCCGGCGUACUGCAACGAGGCGCAGUUCCGCAGCAUGUGGACUGAGUUCGAAUGGGAGAACAAGGUCAACGUCAACACGCAGAUCUCCGACCUGCGCACGUACCUCGACCACAUCAUGAAGUCGACGAACAUGGCGUGCCUCACGCCGGAGGCCGCUCUCAGCGGAAACUGUGACUUCCUGUCGGCGAACCUCUGCGCUCGCUCACUAUUCGGCGAGGAUGCGCUCGCAAACCUCUCGAUCGAGAAGACGGAGGACGGCUCGAUCCAGGGCCACGUUCGUAUCCGCUCGAAGACGCAGGGCAUUGCGCUCAGCCUCGGAGACCGGAUCACGAUCCUGCAAAAGACGCUGAAGGCGUAA